GCCCAUUUGCACCACCACGUACAUUUUCCUCUAUCUGAAAACCCCAACUAGAAAAACACUAUAACUUGGAGAUUAAAGGGAAAAAAGAAAAAAGACUCUUCAACCAGAUAAGAAAAUGGCAGAGAAGAAGGAACCAUCCUAUCCCUUGGUAGCCAACGAAGAGUCAGGUUCUGGCACAGAAAAAACGAAAGAGCUGAGCAAAAAGAAGCGCAUGAAAUGCAUAGCCUUUAUAGUGGCUUUUACCAUCUUCCAAACUGGAGUAAUAUUGGCAUUUGUACUAGUAGUUAUGCGUUUCAAGAGUCCCAAAUUUAGGUUACGUUCUGGCUCAUUUGAUAAUGAUACCUUUCAAAUUGGCACAGAGGCAGCUCCUUCCUUCAACUUGACGAUGAACACCCAGUUUGGAGUCAAGAACACCAACUUUGGUCACUUUAAGUAUGAAAAAAGCACUGUCACAUUUGAAUAUAGAGGCACAUUUGUUGGUAUGGUUACUGUUGAUAAGGCACGAGCCAGGGCUAGAUCCACUAGAAAAUUCGAUGCCAUAGUGUUGCUGAAGACGGAUAGGGUGGCUGACAGUUUUGAGCAGCUAGGUAGAGACAUCAGUUCAGGUAAGUUGCCACUUACUAGCUCCUCCAAUUUGGAAGGGAAAAUUCACUUGAUGAAACUGAUCAAGAAGAAGAAAUCUGCUCAAAUGAAUUGCACCAUGAACGUUGAUAUCCAAACAAGAACUCUCCAGGACAUCGUCUGCAAGUGACCAGCUUGAUUUAGCUAUUUAUGAGUCAUGCUUUUUUUUU